AUGUUUAAUUCUCCUUAACCAUUAAACCCCAUCUUUUCUUAGACCUUGUAUUUUACAGGAACUUUUGAAAAUCCACCAUAAAUAUUCUUAGCUAUACAAGAGUUAUAAUAUUCAGCUGGAGGAAUUCAAUUCUAUUGUGAAUUAAUAGACAUAACAACAUAAAGUUUAUUAUUGUUAGAAUAUUAGGCUUUAAAUUAUUGAUCUAUACUACUUUAGGAAAAAUUACAUAAAUUAACUAUUUUUUCCAAGCUUUUGAUGAUCAGAGAGUUCAAAUAAUAAAUAAUCUAAAUAUGAUACCUCCGAUAAAUUUAACAUAUCCCAUAAGAAAUCCUAACACAUAAAAAGCAAUUAUCUCUCUUGUGAAUUUUGGAUGCCAAGGACCCAUUAAUUUUGAAAUUUUUGUAUGUCUUCAAAUUAUAAAUAGAUAGAAGAAAUUUCAGAAAGGAACAUUGCUGUAGGUAUUACUAAAGAUCCAUUAUAAUUUUAAAAUUUAAAUCAAGUUGGUUAUUAGAUUCUUAUAGGCAUUGAAGAAGCGAUUCCUUAUGAAAUGAUGCGAUUUCCUACUGGACCGAUUGCUUACCAUAUUUCUAAUAUAGAUUUAAUUUAGGGAAACAAAUUUUAAUUUUUAACUACUUAUUUAGGAUUUAAAUAUGACACUUCAAAUUCAUUUCAUUUAGUUAAGGAAUCCGCUAAUACAUACUCAGAUUUAAGCUUUGAUUAUACCAUUUAUCAUGUAGGUAUAUAUCAAAUUAAACAUUUGUAGUACCCGCAGUUUUUCCACCAUGUAUCAAUCUUGAAUCAUUUGUAAUUAAAUAGUAUACAACUAUUUUUACAUAAUUGAAAUUGCUAUCGGCAUAAAUCAGUCAAAAAGUUGACCCAAAUGCAAUUGAUAACCCUACAAUAGUCAUACAAUUAGAAUUUAACAAUUAAAUUAUUUAAGAACCUGGACUUUAUAUUGUUAUAAUUGGUAAAUCAAAUGUUUACAUUAAUAUAAAAAUUUUAAUUAAUUGUAAAAAAUUAACUAAAAUUUAAAGUCUAAUUCAAAAUUAAAAGAAUGGUUUUUCAUAGUAACACAAGAUAACAAACAAUUGUAGAUAAUAAUUUCAAUAGUUGAUAUUCAAUUUAUAGUUUAAGCAAGUAACAGUUGCCUAUUAAAUUUUAUCAAUUGAAUAUGAAGAAUUAAAAUUAAACUUAAAAUAAAUACUCUACAAUCACCAUGAGGAAAUAAUUGAUCUCUUUAAAAUUAAUUUAGAAUGA